UAGGCGACGCGCUCCGCGGAGGCGGGGCAGGAGUGCGCUUCCGGGGCGGGGCGCAGUCGCCGGAAAUGCGUGGCCGCCGGGGUCAUGGCGCCGCUCUUCGUCGUCUUCCUGCUGCUCUGGGCAGCGUCCUGGCCGCCGGCGUCAGCCUCGGGCGAGGAGUUUUGGCCUGGCCAGUCGGCAGCCGGCAUCCUGUCGGGGGCGGCGUCCCGCAGACGGUACCUUCUGUACGACGUCAACCCCCCGGAAGGCUUCAACCUCCGCAGGGACGUCUACAUUCGUGUUGCCUCUCUCCUGAAGACUCUUCUAAAGUCGGAGGAGUGGGUGCUGGUCCUGCCCCCGUGGGGGCACCUCUAUCACUGGCAGAGUCCCGACAUCCAUCAGGUCCGGAUUCCCUGGUCCGAGUUUUUCGAUCUUCCGAGUCUCAAUAAAAACAUCCCCGUCAUUGAGUACGAGCAGUUCAUUGCAGAGUCUGGAGGGCCCUUCAUCGACCAGGUCUACGUCCUGCAGGGCUACGCGGAGGGCUGGAAGGAAGGCAGCUGGGAGGAGAAGGUCGACGAGCGGCCGUGCAUCGACCGACUCCUGUACUUGCAGGACAAGCACGAGUACUACAGAGGCUGGUUUUGGGGCUACGAGGAAACCAGGGGGCUGAACGUUUCCUGUCUGUCCGUCCAGGGGUCGGCCUCCAUCAUAGCGCCCGUGCUUUUGAAGAACACCUCUGCUCGGUCUGUGAUGUUAGACAGAGCCGAAAACCUAUUCCAUGACCACUACGGGGGAAGGGAGUACUGGGAUACCCGGCGGAGCAUGGUGUUCGCCAGGCACCUGCGGGCCGUGGGAGACGAGUUCCGCAGCAGGUACCUGAACUCCACGGACCAGGCGGACAAGAUCCCCUUCAAGGAGGACUGGACGAAGAUGAAGGUCAAGAUGGGCUCCUCGCUGGGCGGCCCGUACCUGGGCGUGCACCUGCGGAGGAAGGACUUCAUCUGGGGGCACCGGGAGGACGUGCCCAGCCUGAAGGGCGCCGUGCGGACCAUCCGCAGCCUGAUGAGGGCGCACCAGCUCGACAAGGUGUUUGUGGCCACCGACGCCGUCAGGAAGGAGCACAAAGAGCUGAAGAGGCUGCUGCCCGAGAUGGUGAGGUUCGAGCCCACCUGGGAGGAGUUAGAGCUCUACAAGGACGGCGGCGUGGCCAUCAUCGACCAGUGGGUGUGCUCCCACGCCAGGUUUUUCAUCGGCACCUCAGUCUCAACAUUUUCUUUCCGGAUUCACGAGGAAAGAGAAAUCCUGGGGUUGGACCCCAAGACCACGUACAACAGGUUUUGUGGAGACCAGGAGAAGGCCUGUGAGCAGCCCACGCACUGGAAGGUCGCGUACUGACCCGCGCCGUGAACGUGGGCGGCCGGGUCCUGCUGCGGGGCUGCUCCGAGCGCCCCUCGGGCGGGCAGACGGCACUGGCCUCUCACAGGGCCCCAGGUCCAGAGGAGGCCGGCUCGCGGUGUGACCGGCCCAGAGGCGCUGCACCCGCCGCAUUGCCGUAGGCCUCUGUGGCGAGGGCUCUGCCGCCUUCUGGGGAUCGGAAACGUGGGGGUGUUUGUGGGACCCCUGCCGGGGCCUUUCCACCUGGCUCCCGUUCCCUGCGCAUUCGCCGCGGGUCGAGGGCAGACAUGGGCGAGCCGCUGCGUCUCAGGCAGAGCCGGGCUGACGCCUCCCCGGGGCUGGGGCCCAGUGACUUCCCACGGCGGUGUCAUGUGGCACUGGGCACCCCUGUCCGCAUCUGCUGGGGCUCAGACACAGACUCGCGUGUGACAGGCCGGUCAGCGAGCAGGGCACAGCCCUCCCUCUCGGGGCCUGGCGUGCCCGCGUGCCAGACCUGUGAAGUUGACCCGAAGGUGCCGCAGGGUCCCCCGGUGUCACCCAGAGCUGCACGGGGUAAACGACGACUAUCUGUUCUUUUCCAUUUGUACACUCAGAUGUUAUUAAUAAAGUUUUCUACAAAGCUGGA